CUGGCUUUCCGUCUUCUCUCUUCUCAGUUCAUCUCCUGAACUUUGAACGAUGUUUCUCCCUGCUGAUGAUAGCGCUCACUCUCUUUGCUUGUUUCUCAUCUGCAAUGCAAGCUAGUCAAUUUUCAUUCCACGGUUUUGCUACUUGUCGGGUUAUGAUUCCUCAUAGUCGCUAGAUUUGUCCCCUACAUCGAUUCCAUCCUUCAUGGAUAAUUCCACUUGCACGUUGCUCUAUUUCACCUGCCCAUUCCCGGCUAUCACCCCCAGAACCUCAUCCUCCCUCAGACCCAUCACUCGUUUCCCCACCAAGGUCCCUUCUUGUCGGGCUUCAUUGGCUCUGUCGGAUGCAGAAGGGGCGGAGAAGGUGACACUCAGUGAGGGGAGACCCAAGUUCAAGUGGGUCGAGGCGGGCCGGCGUGCUACGGAAGCGCAGAAGGAGGCGAUUGCCAAACUCCCCUGGAAAAUGACCAAGAGAUGCAAGGCCCUCAUGAGGCAGAUCAUAUGCUUCUCCGGAGAAGGGGAGUUGGCGGAUUUGUUGGGUGCUUGGGUGAGGAUUAUGAAGCCCAAGAGGGCUGAUUGGCUCGCCGUGCUGAAGGAGCUAAAGUUGUCGAACCACCCACUUUAUCUCGAGGUAGCAGAGCUCGCUCUUCCAGAAAAAUCCUUCGAGGCCAAUGUUCGUGACUACACAAAACUAAUCCACAGUUACGGUAAACAAAACCAACUAACAGAUGCAGAGAAGACUCUUUUCACCCUGAAAGAGCGAGGCUUUACUUGUGACCAAGUAGCCUUAACUGCUCUGCUUGACAUGUACAGCAAAGCAGGGGACUUUAGUAAGGCCAAGGAAACCUUUGAAGAGAUCAAAUUGCUUGAUGAACCACCUGAUAAGCGAUCAUACGGCGCAAUGAUUAUGGCCUGCAUCAGGGCAGGGAAGCUCGAGGAGGGAGAGGCGCUGCUCCAAGAAAUGUCAGAUCAAGAAAUUACUGCUGGAAGCGAAGUCUACAAGGCUCUCCUGAGGGCCUAUUCUGUUAUGGGACAUGCCAAAGGGGCCCAGCGUGCUUUUGAUGCUAUACAGCUCGCAGGCAUCGUCCCUGACUCUCGGAUCUGUGGGCUGCUCAUAAACGCGUACUCAAUUGCAGGCCUGAGUGAGAGGGCCCAUUCUGCUUUUGAGAACAUGAGGAGAGUGGGGAUCAAGCCUAACGACAAGUGUGUUGCCCUUGUGGUAGGUGCUUACGAGAAGGAAGGAAAGCUGAGUAGUGCAUUGAAGUUUUUAAUGUGUUUGGAGAGGGACGGGAUUAGUUUAGGGAGAGAAGCGAGUGAAAGGCUCGCUGCCUGGUUUCGGAGGCUCGGGGUGGUGCAGGAGGUGGAGCUCGUGUUGAGAGAGUUUGCCUCGGUAGAGGCAGGGGCCAAUGAGCAUUGUAUUCUGUAAUUGUUUUAAUUCUUUUUUUAUUUUUAAGUUUUGUAUGUAUAGAUAUAGUGAUGGUUUUGAAGAAAUUGAUAGCAAUCAGAGUGGAAAAAAUUAGUUUGAUGUUUAA